CUCCAUUAUUUAUUCAACUUAUUAGCCACACUAUGCUCAAUUUCUGAAUUAUUGAGAAUGGCAUCUUGGGUUCAAAGGGAGUUUUCUAAACUCAAAUUCUUCAAACAUUCUACUAAAAAGUUGCUGCUUCCUUCUACAUUCAAUCUCCAAAACUGCCCUCAUGAUUCCUCAACUUUGUCUCAGGUAAAAGAGGAAGUUUUAGCAGCUGAUUUAAGAUGUACAACAUGCCAAAAUAGGCUGGCUCAUGCAAUUUCCACCAUAGGUACUGAUGUAGAGUCAGUGGUGGUGCAUGUUGUAGAAAAAAAAGUGACCGUUACUCGUAAAUCUGGGAUUAAUUCUUCAACCAAAGUUACAGCAGUCUACAAGAAUCUAGCCAGCUGCUAGCUAACCUUCCAAAGUUAUAUAUACUUGGUCUGAAACUGCACAUAAAAUUUCCUGUUGUAUGUUUUACCAGCGAGCGAAGAGUUAACGCAGUCUCUAAACUGAUGACUCGAUGUUAAAUAACUCAUUUUCGGUUAAUUUAAGCUAUUAAGGACAGUAUUUUUUGUUUUUAGAUAUAUUAAGAAUAGUAUUUUGUAUUUGAAGUCUAUUAAUUAGGACAAUACUGCUGAGCGCAAA